UUGAUUCUUACUGUUAGAUCCCUAAAUCUAGACCAAUUACAUUAACGAAUUGCUCAACUGUUGUGCAACUGUUAAGUUCGCUGAACGCACCCAUUCUUUACAAUUGUCCCGAGCAGCGUGAAUACGAAUGUACUCGACCUUCGUGCUUUCGACGACGGCGCACACUUACGAACGCGCGAGGCACCAUGCACGGGGGCAGAACAGCAACAACGUUGGAGUAGACGUAACGCAGCGACACGGCGACGCGACGGUGAAAGCGAGGAGAAUCGCGGUUUUGUUUUGUUAUGAUUCACUUUUGCGCAUCUGGCAGCGAUAGCACGUCGCAAUCGGUCGCGUAGAGUUGCUCCUGCGAGAAGGACAAGCAGGUGAUUUCUCGGCCAACGAGCGUGAUCCAUGAGAGAGCGAUUAUCCUGUACGUGGUGCGAUGCGAUAGCUGGCGGAGGAACGUGCCGCUGCUCGUUGUCGCCGAGUUGGUGGUGGUGGUGGUGGGGGUCCUUCCGCGGAUCGUGAACACGGAGGAAAGCGAAGUGACAGGGCGAGCGUCGCUUCGCGGGUCGCCUACAGUAUGCUCAGGGUUUGCGACAGGCCGAUAUUAUGGCUGCAGGUGAGGCCAGCACGACGAAGCCUCGUCAAGAGAAGCAGUACGACUACCUGCUCAAAUUCCUGCUGGUGGGCGACAGUGACGUCGGCAAACAAGAGAUCUUGAGCGGCCUCGAGGACGGCGCCGCUGAGUCGCCGUUCUGCAGUGGCAGCGCUUACAAAACUACCACUAUCCUGCUAGAUGGCAAACGUGUCAAGUUACAAUUAUGGGACACAUCAGGCCAAGGCAGAUUCUGUACAAUUAUCAGGUCCUAUUCCAGGGGUGCGCAAGGUAUUCUCCUGGUAUACGAUAUCACCAAUAAAUGGUCCUUUGAUGGCAUUGAUAGGUGGCUGAAAGAGGUGGAAGAGCAUGCACCCGGUGUACCAAAAGUACUGGUCGGCAAUCGUCUUCACUUAGCCUUCAGGAGGCAAGUGGGGGAACGAGACGCGGAGGCUUACGCGGCUAAAAAUCGCAUGGCGUUCUUCGAGGUCUCGCCUCUCUGCGACUUCAACAUCCGUGAGAGCUUCUCGGAACUUUCGCGCAUGGCACUACACAGAAACGGCAUGGAAAGAUUAUUGCGACCCAACAAAGUGCUCAGCCUGCAAGAACUGGCGUGUCGUGCGAUAGUAGCCCGCACAACAGUCUAUGGUAUCGAUCAACUGCCAUUGCCCAUGUCCAUCAAGUCGCACCUAAAAUCGUACGCAAUAACAACUACGUCUCAACUGCGCUACAACGGUAAUCGUUCAUUGAGCUCCAGCAAGAGUUUAGGAUCGCAUCACCGGAAACUGCGAUUCGUUGUAGGUCAUCAUAAUAAUGGGCUUUCGACGCCAGGCAGUUCCCCCGGCAGCAUCACGGACUCCCGUACCAGUUGCGUCGGCCGCAACUCCUGCACGGUGUCGUGAGAGUGAAAAAAAACGGAAACUAAAAGAAAUCAGGGUAGCGGUUACUUACAAAGCUAAACGACACACAGCAGUAAUCAACGUUCUUCCUCUCCCCCUCUGUUUUGUCGAGAAUACAAACGCGUUUACGAUGUUGUUUCAUAAUUGAUAGUGAGUAUUGUUAGACUAUAUCAUGAGAUAAUAUAUAUUAUAUAUAUACAUACGAAAAUUCCGAUUUACCACUUGCUAGCGUUGACGGAUAAGAUCGGAUAAACUUGUUGCGUUUAUUAUACGAAGUACGUUUUAUAAUGUCUAUAUUUUAACAUUCGUGAAUCUUGCGCAUUUUACGAUGAUAAUUAACGAGCUUAAAAGAGAAAGAAGCAAAUUGUCGUAACCAGUGCCAUCCGUUGUAUGAGAUAGAAAGAGAGAGAGAGAGAGAAAAAAACAAAAGUGCAACGUUACGGUACACACAAGGUAGAGAAAUGAUUGAUAACUAUUAAGUACGUAUAUUACACGUACCGUCAAUCGCAGAGCUCGUGCAGGUUUUCCAUCGCGGGAGAGAACACGUUGGAAUUACGGAGUAAUAGACACAUAUACAUAUAUCACCGAUAUACGUUUACGCAACUCGAGUGUGCCCAUACGUUUUAAAAUCCUCAUGAGUCGCUUUGUUUUAUCUUUUUUUGGCUGUUGUUUGAAAAGCGUCCCAUUCCUUCACAAACGUAUCUCUGUGCGGAAUGUUUUUUUAAACAUGUGUAAGCAUACUGACGGGCGAGUAAUGAACUGAAAAGUACAAGUUCACUAAGUCUACAGUGGUUGUGGUGUAGACUAAUGAUAAUAUAAGUCUAGGAAGUUUAGAGCAGCUAACUCGGUAUAUUAGUUA